UGCAACCAGACCGCUCCGAUGUUAUAUUGUAUUGUAAAUGUGUAAUAUUCACACUUAGUAACGAGGUUACUAAUAAUAAGAAAUGCAAUUUAAAAACUAAACAUAAAGUGCUCCAUAACGGCAUACGGCAUCACAUUCCUUGUAGAGAAAAAACUGACUUUAUUAAAUGCUUAGUCAUAUAGAGGAUUUCAGAAACGAACAUUUAUAUACCACUAAAAACGGUACGACCGACGAAUACAAGAAAAAUUACAACAAAACAUCAUUGUUGAUUGUUAACCACUCCUAACCAAAUGCUGUGCAAUUUUACAAAAAAGGGCAAACUAACCGACUAAAACACCAAGUCCAUUGGUUCAUCUAGCAAUUUCCUAAGGUCUUUACCUGCCACAUGCGACGAUCUGCUGCUUUUAGUAGUUAUCAUUCGGCCAAUCUCUGCAUCCGCCAAAUUGCGAGUCGAUUUCCGUCCAACGUUAUCCCCAUUCACCGCACUACCUUCUUCCCCCUCACUGGCGCCUAGCUCAGCGUCUGCAUCUGGCCCAGAAUGGCUGUCAUUAUCAGCCACCGGUGCAGUUUUAGCUGCCACAUCCAAUGUCCUCUGAUUCGACGACGGCUGGCAACCGUUCUUCCUUGCCCGACGUCCUUCGUCGACCAGCAGCGAACGCAGGAAUCCCUUACACAGCAAGCUUAUCGAUGCCAUUGUGUGAGUGGAUGACGAUAUGAUCUGCACACAAAUGCGAAAGGAAGAGAAACAAUAUGUGUAUAUAGAAUAACUGAUCCAUUACCAAUAUUGACUACUAUGAAUGUAUUCAAAAAUGUCGAUAAAUAGGCAUGACUUUAUCGAACCUUUCACAAAUCGAGGAGUAUCGAACGAGGAGUAGAGGAAUGUAAGCGACAGCUACCAGAUGAUCCGCGUGGAGACCACCACCCAUCCUCCCAGUCUUUCGUUCCCUAAUCCCAGCCAAUCGUUCCCCGCGUUUCUUGCGAUUUGCGCACUAGAAGCUGAAGUCUAUCCGACGGAUGGACUAGCUACUAUAUAAAGCGAAACUAAAAUGCUGAUGAAGUAUCACUCCGUAAACGAUAGCUGAGCAGUGUGUGUGUGUGUAACAAAAUUUCAAGUUGGUUUGAAGCAUUUUACGAAAAACUGCAUGAAAAUUGCUCAAAACAUUCCAAGUGAUCAUCGUUACAAAAUUUCCCUCUUUUUGCAGCAAUAUUGCAGCCUGACUCAGAGUAUCUUCGUGAGCAGCGAAAUGGUUCAAAAAGUUGUGUAAAUGCAAACAAGUCACAGUCGAAAGUUUGAUUGUUUCAACACCUUUACGUAAAACAAAUUGGACAGUUGGACCGCUUGCUUUCCCAUCCGUACAGUUGGCAUCUUCUUUCCUAAACAUGAAACUGUACAUAUUUCUUGUGUCUGCAUUGAUUGUGAUCUGCGCGUUCAGAGACUGUGCCGUGAAAGGAUGGCCCGUUACUAAUCCGGAGGUGGUAGACAGCCUCAUAUUUGCCGAUCCGGAAGAGGCUGCACAAUCGAUGCGAGAAAUUCCUCAAUGGCACUGCCUACGAUAUUUCAAGCAUGACAUUCAUCUGAUGCGCCGCUGUAGAAACUACAGAAUACACAUGUUGCGCCGGCCUGCAGACACAAUGUAAUGAACAUACAAAAACUAAGACACCACACAUGGAACAACACAUAUGCCGAAGAGAUGCAGCGCUGCAAAGUUUAGCCAUAAACAGUACUAAUGAUCAGUCAUCUACACAGUUUUAAAUUAAUAAACUUUACACAAUCUUCAGUAUGAUGGCACAGAGCCGCACAGUACCGAUCACAAACGGUACAGCAGUUACGCUAGUCAUGCGAUAGGAAUGUAAAUAAAAAGUAGCAGAACUCGUGGAUUAUGAUAAAAACGUUCUAACCUUCUGUGUGUAGCCCUCCUCCAUAGGCAUGUAUUAGUGUGUUGAUUUGCGCGCCCUAUUCAGACUUAUUUCUUCAACUGAAGCCAACCUUAGCUCAGCAAUGUAGUACAAACUAUAUACUAUAUCCUAGCGAUUCAAUUUUACGAAAUGACCCAUAGCAGAAUCACAGAAUUGCAGCAUAAUAAAAAGUUUAAAAUCUUGAUAAA